AUGGACAUGAUGAGCCAUCCCAAUAACGCAAGGCACUUCCCGGCGUUGGCUCCAGGCCCGCCGCGUAUGUUCGCACCACAAAUGUCGACGGCUGUCACAAAGCCAAAGAAGAACUCGACGGCUUGUCUGGCAUGCAAGGCAGCUAAAAGGAAGGCAAAGAGAACAAAGGCUAAUACCCGCUACCCUCAACAGUGUUCUGGGCCCGAUGCACCUUGUAAGGCCUGUCGAGCCGCCAACACCUUGUGCCAUUUUGAUCCGAGUCGAGACCUUCGACGCAAGGUCGCCGUCAAGCGGACGAUUCACGAACUCACAAAGUACAAAGACCUGUUGAUAUCUUUAUUAGGCACUGUCGAGUCGGCCGACAAAAUUGAGGUUGAUAAGAUUUGGGAUAUGAUUCAGAGAAAGGUUACGUUUGAAGAACUCUCUCUCGCUGUCGGAGGCCCUGAGACAAAGUUCGGAGACCCCAGUGAGCUGUCAGCUGCCAGCAAGUUAGCUAUAGCAGAGUAUGGGGACCAGCCUUUGGAGGUUUCGAGAUCCGAGGCAGGACGAAGCUCUGACGCUAGACGAACAUCCGACGCUGGCAGUACCGCAAGCUCCCCAGACGAGGUUCAACCAAUGAACCUUCAACGGCCAACUGUCAGUCCUUAUGCACGUAUUACGCUGGAAAGUCUCUGUGAUAUACCUCUAUUUGAAGUACCGGCGAGGCCGUGGACAGAGGUCACAGAUGACGACUAUCUGGUAUCACACCUUGUGUCACUCUAUUUUACCUGGGACCAUCCGUGCUCGCAGUUUCUUGAUCAACGCACUUUCCUCACGCAUAUGAAACAAAAGGGGGGCUCAAAAUCCGAAUUCUGCACGCCGAUUCUUGUUAAUAGUCUUUUAUCACUGGCCAGCACACACUCAGAUAGCCCCGAUGUGCUUUCAAGCCCCGACAACGCUUUCUCAAGGGGCCAACGCUUUUUUGAUGAAGCACAAAGACUGUGGCAAGCUGAAGAGGAAAUCAGUUUGCCCAACAUUCAAGCACUUUUGUUGAUGUGUUGCGUGUUCAAAUUCCAGGGCCGAGCUGUUCAAAGCUGGGCUAUGCUUGGGCAAGCUGCCCAGUUGGCCCAAGAAAUGAGACUCUUUGAUGCUCCGAUAUCUCAAGAUAGGCCAUUGUCGGAAAUGGAGCGUGUUCGCACAAUUACUGCCUGGGGUAUCUUCAACUUGAGCUCGCAAAUGUCAGUUGAACAGAGGAGAAUUGGUUCUUUGGCGUUUCCUAUGUCAGACAUCACCCUUUGUGGUAACGAUGACUUCGAUUGGACUCCAUACCCUCGGUCCAACAAGAUCACCUACCAUAAGAAGCCAGCUCGUCUGCCAGAAGUCCGGCAAGGACUAGUUGAGGUCACAAAAAUGAUGAGUGAUGUUCAAAAGCUUAUAUCCGAGAGACAAAGAGGCACGAGCUUCGAUGAGCUGUGGACAAAGGCACAAGGUCCCUAUGAUCGGUUGACUGACUGGCUCCAACGCUGGCCCACCGUGUCUGAGAUGCAAACAGAUCCGGUCCCUCAAAUCCUUCUCUUGCGAAUCAAAUGUCUUCAGGCUAUUGUGUCUCUCUUUGAGGAGUUGAACGACCCCAAUCAACCACAAUUCGCACAACAAGCCCGAUAUUAUCAGACCAAGUCCGCUUAUGAAAUGGCGCAGUGCUUCCGCGUCCACCGUCAGGCUUAUGGUCUCAAAUACAUACCCAGUGAGAUGGCUGAUGCCACUCAGAGAGGCCUUCAGGUCUUGGCCCACCAGAUUCAAGACAGUGACGAAUCAAGACAGGCCUUUAUGGAGCUCUGUCGCUUUGGAAUGGCUUUCAGUUAUACGCUCAAACAGACUGCCAAUGUGGUCCAUGAAAUCAGAAACAGCGCGGUGCAACUUCAAUUGCCUGCCGAGGCCAUUGCAAUCCUUGAGGACAAGGGUUACGAGUCGUGA